GAGACAAGGAGAGAGGUGGUGCUGUUUGAGGGUUGAGUGCACGCGUCUGUGACCCGGCCGGGAGGGGUGCUCGGCACUGAGCAUUCACACCUGAGAAAGCGCAAGAGGAGAGACAAGAGGCAAGACACCGUCCUCCCCACACCCUCCGCUCCUGGAUAAAGCCUGCCAGCUCCCGGGGACCGCGGCGGCGGCGGCGGCGGCAGGAUGGCUCGCUCCGCCGCCCCGGCGAUGCUGUCGGCGAACGGCUUCGGCUUCCCGCCGCAGAAUUUCGCUCGGGUGGUGGUGUGGGAAUGGCUGAACGAGCACGGCCGCUGGAGACCGUAUGGCGCGACCGUGUGUCACCACAUCGAGAACAUCAUCAAAUGCAAUGCCAGGGGGAGCGUUGUGCUGGGACAGGCGGACGCUCAGCUCUCGCCUUAUAUCAUCGACUUGCAAUCCAUGCAUCAGUUCAGGCAGGACACAGGAACCAUGCGUCCAGUUAGAAGAAAUUUUUAUGACCCUUCUUCGGCUCCGGGCAAAGGCAUAGUUUGGGAAUGGGAAAAUGACAGUUGUUCCUGGACUCCGUACGACAUGGAUAUUUGCAUAACCAUUCAGAACGCGUAUGAGAAACAGCAUCCGUGGCUGGACCUGACUUCCCUAGGGUUCUGUUAUAUCAUUGACUUCAAUAGUAUGUGCCAGAUGAACAGGCAGACACAGCGGAAACGGCGCUUGCGCAGGCGCAUGGACUUGGCCUAUCCUUUAACCAUGGGCUCCAUCCCCAAGUCUCAGUCCUGGCCCAUCGGAACGCAGUCGGGGCAACCGUGCAGCUGCCAGCAGUGCGUCCUGGUCAACAGCACGAGGGCAGCCUCCAAUGCCAUCCUGGCAUCCCAGCGACGGAAAAUCUAUUCCGCCACCAAUGGGACUCUGACAGUCCGCCAGAGCAACUCCUACAACGGUACGGCCUUGUGGUCGACCGUGGGCACAGCCGGGACCACCCCUCCGAAGCCCGAGCAGGCCCGUUCGCCGACAGCCACUCAGCUUUCUCCCAUUUCGCAAAGCCAGGGCACCACCAGCACCACCACAACUCCGAUCCCAGGCCAGAACAACCUGAACAGGCCUGGAACCCAGAGAUCAGCGGUAGUCAGCACAAGGGCUUCCAUCCCUCCCGGGGUACCUGCCCUUCCAGUGAAAAACUUAAAUGGGUCUGGCCCCGUUCACCCAGCACUUGCAGGUAUGAAGCGAGCUGCUCCCUUCACUCUGCAGAAGAGUAGUCAAAAAGCUGUAGACCCAAUGCAAUGUGUGGUACCAGCAACAACUGAUCCUAACACCCAAGCAACGAUGAAGCCAGAAAUAGGUAUGACUGGGAUUCUGAUGUGUGCUGCUGGGCUUCCAGUGUGCUUGACUCGGGCUCCCAAACCCAUCCUUCACCCUCCGCCGGUCAAUAAGAGUGAUAUAAAGCCAGUGCCUGGGAUAUCUGGUAUCUGCAGGAAGACCAAGAAAAAGCAUCUGAAAAAAGUAAAAUCUCCGGAGGAUGUGGUGCGAAGAUACAUGCAGAAGGUCAAGAAUCCACCGGAUGAGGACUGCACCAUCUGUAUGGAGAGGCUGGUCAGCUCAUCAGGCUACGAUGGAGUUCUGAAUCUGAAAGGUGUGAAGCCGGAGCUGGUGGGGAAACUCAGUAAAUGCAGCCACAUGUAUCAUCUCCUGUGUCUUGUAGCCAUGUACAACAACGGCAACAAGGAUGGCAGCCUGCAGUGUCCCACUUGCAAGGCUAUCUACGGUGAGAAAACUGGAACACAGCCACCCGGGAAGAUGGAAUAUCACGUAAUCCCACAUUCACUGCCUGGAUAUCCCGAAGUCAAAACAAUUCGCAUUGUCUAUGACAUCCCAGCAGGACUACAGGGUGUUGAGCACCCCAAUCAAGGAAAGAAAUUCACCGCCAGAGGCUUUCCACGUCAUUGCUACCUGCCUGACAACGAGAAAGGCCGCAAGAUUCUGAAGCUCUUGAUUGUGGCUUGGGAUCGCAGGCUGAUAUUCACCAUUGGAACGUCCAAUACCACUGGCGAGACAGAUACAGUAGUGUGGAACGAAAUUCAUCACAAAACAGAGUUUGGAUCAAAUUUAACCGGACAUGGCUACCCAGAUCCCAACUAUUUGGAAAACGUGCUGGCAGAGUUGUCUGCCCAAGGGGUCAUGGAGGACAGCAUAAAGGACUGAGGAGGAGAUGAGAAGAAGCAGCAAAUAAGGAUGUUGACAAUGAAGACUACACCCUGUAAAGUACAUUACUAGGGUUCAAAUAUGCUUUGCUUUACUGCCUUGGCCACUACUUUGUUAACUCCAGUUCGGGCUAGUUAAAAGCAGACUGCAUUGGCCUGAUUCAGUCUAUUGGUGGCAAGUUACAGUGACAUACUGUGCCAGUCUGCAACUGUUAUUCCUCAUGGAAAGACCCACUCAAUAUAAAUAAUUAGAGGCAGGUAAAUGAAGAAAAAAAAAUGAGAGAGAGAGAGAGAGAAAGGGCUGUCGAGUUGACAGUUGCUUGCACUGGUCAUUCCUUAAAAUAAGAGCGAAGAUGUUUCCCAUUUGGUUGAGUUAUAUACAGUGCACCUCCUGCUGUGUUGCAGCUAAUGGUGCACAUAGAGGCAAAAAUACUAAGCACGCCUGGUUAGUUGUAGGAGCGCUGGCAUCAGAUGCUUUCUAGAGGUCACAACCCGUAAAACAUGCAGCAGCAUCUUCAUGAAUAAGGUGUCCACAUCUCUCAGGGAUGUUAGUCUUUUUGCUUGGAUGUGUCACUGUAAAUGGUGUACAGUAGACAGAACGAAGAGGAAAGGAGCUUUGCAUGUGAAAACUGUUUGGCUUUUAAAAAAAAAAGUGCCCAUAUUAACUUUCUUUAUCACAAGGACAGCAACACCAUGGAGCAUUUUAAAAAGUUUUGACGAAGGUAGUUUAAAUUUAAAAACACUGCUUAUUAAAGUGUUUAUUCAGAAAUAACUAAGGGCUUGUUCUGUGUUAAAGGUCUGUCUCGUUACUCCAUUAGUCCAGCUGAGUAUUAGUGUCCUGGUGACCCAUGCUGCAUGUCAGUGACAAUGAAUACAUGCAUUCUCAGAUGAGGCUCUUUAUUUAAAGUUAACUUUUCUAUCUAUAGAUGUUGCUAUACUUCAUAGCGAAAUAUGUCAGUGUCUUAUCCAAACCAUUUAUGUCUGUGUUCAAGACUCUCUCUAAUCGGUUUAUGAGUUUGGUAGUGAAUGCAUCUGAAGCCAAGAAGUAGUUAAAUCUCUUUUGAUUUUUUCCCCCCGCAAAGUGGAUGUUUCUGUUUUUAAUUUCAUAAAAUGACUCCCACAUUCUAAAUGAAACUCAGUAUACUUAGCUGUCAGAUGAAGUGAGAGGAUUACUUCACUAAGGGAAAUCCUGGGCUGCAGGACCUUAUUAAGUAAAGAAGAGGAUUUCAAAGACACAGCAAUUAUACUUCCAGCCCAGAGACAGAAACUGGAUUAUAAUCCUGCCAAAAACAGUCACCGGCUCAGUAAAUGAAUGUCUACUGACAUUUGCUUUGGACUGUUCUGUCAAUGGGAAACUACACAGGAUGGAAUGUUGCAAAGCUAUGAACAGUUUGCAAAGUGUUGGUAGCUGUAGAAAUAUUCAACAUUAUCCUGACAAUUGCUCUCAAAUCCAUUAUGUUCAUAGUCAUUACUGGCAAAAGUAAUAUUCAACAAAUGCUGUUUCUGCAAAUUAUGUUCUGGUUGCUGAGUUGUAUGAUGUUCAACUUACAAGAUUUAUUGCCAAAAAAAUCCAAAGAGGAAAUAAAUAUUGAGGGAAAAGGAGGAGGAGGAGGAUAGUGAUGGUUCCCUUAAGUUUUGUUGCAGCUGUUAAAAGGUGUGAUGCAAAGAUGUACUCAGUAGUCUAAGUGUUUGAAAGACAUGGGGUAUGACGGCAAUCUUUCCUGAUUUAUAGGACAAACUGGGAAAAGCAGCAAAUUGAAAUUGUUAUUUUGUUUUAAAAUAAACAUUCACCCAAAACUGGGGAAAGCUUGAUUCAGAUGUGAAACCUAUCUCAACAGAACAUGCAAAACUAAAUUUUAAGAAUUUUUAAAAAGAAAUAUAAAGGGCUGUUCAUGUAUUUUAUCAUUGGGGAAAACUGAUACAAGUAUAGGUAAACAAGGGGCAAUGCAGGAAUAGGCAAAAAAAGAUGGAAAACAAGCUGCCUUACAUCAGCAGUUUGUCUAACAGAGAAUGCUAUCCUGAUCAUUUGUUCUGUUGGCUCUUGCAGUCAAAAUCCAUGAGUGAACCUAAGAACUGCUGUAGAAAAGCACCAGAAGAGCAGCAAAUGUACCAUGUUUGAUAUUACAGAAUGUAUGUUAAAUUUUAAAUGCAUUAGCUGCAGAGCCUACUCUAAAUUUGCCAAUGUUGAUCUGGCAGUAUAGGAGUCAGCAGCACCCAUACAGCUACUGGCAAAAUAGUGUAGAAGAUUCUGAAACAAAUCCAUUUUUAUAUAGAAAUAAACAUUAACAAAGCAUGUGUAAAUAGUGUAUUGAUGUGAUGUGUUUCAAACAGUGUAGGGAACGGUAUCUUAUAAUGGGCAAGGCAGGUACAAUUUGUAUAAUUGUGCAGAUCCUCAUGCUAUUGGAAAAUGCAAGGUGCAGUAAUUUCAUUAACUCUCAUUUGGAAAGCUGAAUAUAAUCAUAGCUAUUUUAGGAAUUUAUGUCUGAAGUUUUAAUGCAGGUGACAGAAUAUUAAUUUUACAACUGUAUUUGCAAAACAAACUGAACUUGAUUCUAACCAUCAAAGGGCUUAUUACCAAAAUGGCACUAUCACUUCUACAGAGCUGAUGAACUAGCUACAGAUUUAAAACCUGCUUUCCAUAUCUGUAAGGUGCAGGUGAGAAUUUUGUUUAAAAAAAAAGGAACGUGUUCUUUUUAAGGGUCAGAUUAGUGAAAUUAGCCAUGGUAAUGCAUAGGAUAAAAAUCCAAAAUAAUCACCAUUCUUGAUAAUAUACAGGUCCACUACAGUCAGCAAUGGAUUCAAAUUAAAAAUUGGUAUUAAGCAAUUAAUUGGAUUUCAUUUUGUAUUAACGAUAACUUAGCUGCAGUUACCAACAGCAGUGAUAGAAUUUACAGCCCAUAUUCCUACACCUAAUGUACAGGGGAGGGAAAAAGAGAUCCUGCAAUGUUGACCAUUUUGCAAAUAAAAAUUUAAAAAUGAAAUGUAUUUAAGAAAGUAGUAUGACAUACACAAGAUUAUUAACAUGUUGGGGUAUUAAAGACAAGCUUUGAUGAUAGUUUGAUUCAUACUUUGUAAUAUACAAAUUUAUUUGUUCUCAUCAGGAUAUGCUAAGAUAGAAUUCAAAGCUCAAAUUACAGCCCACUUCAAUAUUGCACUUGAAUAAUUAUUAAAUUCCCCCACCUAGGACAGCAGUUUGUAUUGUCUGCUGUUCUAAAAUGGCAAUUAAGGAGUGGGGGGGAAAAAGCUUAUUUAAGCUCAUUUUAUGAAUAAAUGCCCCAUAGCUUGGCUUUCCUAAUUACACAGCCUACCUAAUUACAUAAUGUCCUCAGAAACCCACAGGUCCACUGACUGAGACUUUUGCCCAAGAUAUAUUUCAGACACAAUUUGCCAAAGAUAGCACUGCUUUGAAAAUAGGCAGAAGGGUGCGAUAAGUAACAAGGCUAAAUAUCUUUCAAAUCAUUGUUAGGAUGCAGCUAAUAGAGAUACUGAAAUACAAUUCAAAAUACGGACAAUGUGAUUAAUGACACCCACAGAGGUGGUAUUAACCCAUGUCAUCUCAAAGGAUGGGGUCAACAAUGAUUUUACAUGCUGUUAAUUACUUAAGUGAAUGAAAUCAGGCAGGGUAUAAAACAAGAGUUCCACCUGACACUUGCGUUUUUCCUCUGGCCAAGAUAAGAUUGCAAUUGCUCCCUGCAACAUGUGGUCUCAGAGAGUAUCUAUGAUGGUCAAGAAUGGUUUUGAUAACCUUCUCAAUAACAGAAUCAUUUUAACCUCAUAUUUUAGGAGUGUUCUAAAAGUUUGGAAGUUAGAGGAAGCCACAACAGAAAAUGGUAUUGAAAAGUUGUGCGUUUCAAAGUAGCUUCAUGUAGCUUUUAUUAAAGUGAAGGACAAGUGUGCAUUGAUACAAACUUAGUUUUGCUAUUGGAGUACACGUUGGUAAUAACUCCAGAUUGUUAGAUGGGACUUAUACUCUGAAGAAUCACUUCAGAUGUUAGACCUACUGUACAGCUCCCACCACUGCCGUUUUCUUGCUAGGAAACAAGAAAAACAGGCAACCUGAUGUGAUGCCAUUGCAGUAAAGCACCAAUAUUGUUAGAUAAAGCUGCUUACGCAUGUUUACUCUGUGUUACUACUGUAAAUGGCAAUGGGAGUUCCAGGGCGUUCCCAUAACAAAGCAGAUAUUUCUUUCAAAUCAGUCUGGCACAACCUCCUAAGGAGGGAACUUCACUUCACAAAAUGUAGACGAGACUUCCUGCUUUGAGACUAGUUGUUGCCAGAGCUAGUUGCGUGGCAUGGCCAGUUUUUCCCCCAUUAGCAGCACAACAAAGCUACUGAAUGUGAGUAUUGCAAUGUGCUAUAUAAAAAAAAUGAAAUGCACAAAGUAAGCACCUCCAUUCAGCCCAAACAUACAGAAUUGUGUGCUGCAGAUUCACUGAAUCAUAAAUUCUACAACAGUCCCUGUAACAGAUCUAGAUAGAACAAUGUCACAAGUUUUAACAUAUUCUUAAUUUUUUGCUGGAAAAUUACAAUUUCUAGCCAUUUUGUGAACAAUGAAAUUAACUAUCGCACUUUAGAAGAAGCCAUUAUGGAAUUGUGUAUAUCCCAAAGUAGCAAUGACUCAAUUGGGCCUGACCAUUUGUUCUGGGUUCCAAAUGUAAUAUUCAGUAUGAAUUGCCAUAAAUAAAACCAUAUUAAUUAAGUGGUAUAAAUCAACAAGUUUGCACCUAAUAUCUCAAAACACAGUAAUGGGGACACCAAGAAUUGUUUUAUGAGAUGAUUUAAUAAUUUUACUGGAUUUAAAAUCUCUUUUAACAUUAAACCCGGCCAAUUAACAGUAGGGGUCUAUGACCCCAAAUCUGGUUAACAUAGAACCACAGAACAUAUCAGCUGUGUCAUGUUGAAAAAGGAUGAGGUCUGUAAAUACUUGUGUCCUUUUCCAGUUUUAAGGAGAGAUUGCCUUGGGGGAAAUGUGAUGUGUUAUAUUUCAUGUGGUUUGGUUCUCUGGAGAGUGUCAAUGUGGAUUCUGAUACUGCAGAAUGCGAGAGUGAUCACAAGAACAGUCAUCCAUAACUAGGUCUUGUGUUGUUAUUUACUCACCAGCAUAUCCUGAAUUUAUGUAACAAACUCAUGUAAUAUGUAUAAACAAUUGGAUUUGCCUGUAACUGUUAGUACUAAAUAAUGAAUAAACUUUAUUUGGAGGAUA